CUCCCCGCAGGACGGUCCCGCGCCCUCCGCUGUGAAGAGAGAGGAUGGCCGUGACUCUAGAGCAGGCCCGGCGGGUGGGCUAUACCUGCCUGAAAGCACUCCUCAGGUUCGCUUUUAUGGUCGCCAAUAACCUGGUGGCUAUUCCGUCCUACGUCUUGUAUUUAAUUAUGCUGCAGCCGCUCCGAGUGUUGGAUAGUAAAAGCUUCUGGUAUAUCGAAGGAGUAUUAUUUAAGUGGCUUCUAGCUAUGGUGGCUUCCUGGGGCUGGUGGGCAGGAUAUACAGUAGUGGAAUGGGGUGAUGAUGUUAAAGCGGUAUCAGAAGAUGAAGCCAUGGUGCUGGUGAACCAUCAAGCAACGGGUGACGUCUGCACUCUGAUGAUGUGCCUUCAGGAUAAAGGCACGGUUGUCCGUCAGAUGAUGUGGCUGAUGGAUCAUAUUUUUAAGUAUACAAACUUUGGCAUUGUGUCUCUAAUCCACGGAGACUUCUUUAUAAGACAGGGAAGAGCACACCGUGACCAGCAGCUUGUGUUACUCAAGGAGCAUCUAGAAAAAUAUUACAGAAGCCGUAAUCGGAAAUGGAUUGUUUUAUUUCCAGAGGGUGGCUUUCUUAGGAAAAGGAGAGAAACAAGCCAGGCAUUUGCCAAGAAAAACAAUUUGCCAUUUCUUAAACAUGUCACCCUGCCGAGGCUUGGGGCAACACAAGUGAUUCUGAAAACGCUUGUAGCGCCGCAAGAAAAUGGAACUCCAGCAGGUGGAGACGCUGUGAUAAAAGAGAGCAAAUCCAAAGGCCUCCAGUGGGUGAUAGAUACAACCAUUGCAUAUCCCAAAGGUGAACCUAUAGACAUCCAAACUUGGAUUCUUGGCUACCGGCAACCGACGGUUACACAUGUACAUUACAGGAUUUUUCCAGUUAAAGACGUACCUGCAGAGCCUGAAGCUCUUACAGACUGGCUGUAUCAGCGAUUCAUUGAAAAGGAGGAUCUCUUGACACAUUUCUAUGAAACAGGAGCUUUUCCUCCACUGCCGGGUCAAACAAAAGCGAUUUCUCGGGAGAUGACCCUCAGUAACCUGUGGCUGGUCGGCAUACAAUCCCUUGCGUUUUUGUCAGGCGGGAUGUGGUACUGCAUCUUACAGUAUUUUUAUCAUUGCCUAUUUUAAAAGUGGAACGGGACCCGAGGACACAAUGGGAAUCCAGGCUCUUGGAAAUGAGUAUCUUGUUGUAUGUGCAAAUGUGAAUAUUCAAGAGUAAAGGAAAAUACUGGACGGACUCUUACCUCUCUUUGGGGAAAUUUUAAACUCCACUAAAAGUGAAGAUGAGUAACAUAGUGACCUGAUGAUGUAUUAUUUUAAGAAUUGUCUGUAUUUUUUAAAAAUGUAUACUCUCACCCACACUUAAGCAAAUUCAGCAUUUGGACAAAAGGUGCAAUCGUACAACCAUCAUAGAAGAAUGUCUGUGGCAAGAAAGCUCUGUCACCGCAAGUAUUUCUUGGCAUUGUAGUUAGAGCUCAGAAAAUUCAGCAACUUGUCCCUUCAGUAGUCUGUGCAGCGUCGGUGUGGUAGAGAUUCCUCAUUUGCACAACACGUACUUUCUUGCAACUCAUUGUGCUGGAGUCAAAGAUGCUCCCCAGAGCUGGUGGCAGUGUCUUUGCGGCUACGCGAGUCAGCAGUUGUUGUAUUAGACACAUUGAUCUAAAACCAAGACCCAAAUAAGAUCCAGCGUCAGGUGUGUUUUGUGAGGAGUCGGUCCUCAAAAAAAGCAUCGCAGCAUCGUAGUGUGAUUAAAAGCCAUCUGCGUUUGGUGGAUCAGCCCAUCGUUGCUGUGGUCUUACCGUCAGCUCUCCCAAUUCCAUGUGCUGCCAGUGUCUCGUAUUAUGAGGAAGCUUGGAAAAUAUAAAGUCACUCGGUUAAUUGUCCCUUUGUGUUCAGAAUGCAGCUCAACGGUCAUUAUCUGUUUUCAAAACACACUCUUAAAGGUGAAAAUACAGUGAAGGAAAGACAGAAAACGUAGGGAAUAGAGGAAAGGUCUGUUUGUCAUACACGGGGAGCCAGAGCAAUUCUAUCUGUUUCUGAAGGUCUGCUGGUGCUGCUGGUGAUUUUUAGCCACCUUUGUAUUUUGUAUACUGCAGUUCAACCAAGGUGACCUUUGAGUGGUUUCUAGAGGCCUUUUUCUCCCCGCUAGUUGCAACAGCGCUAAAUAUACUUGUGGGAGAGUUAAAUAAUUCAAUGCCAACCAUCUUAAUGUUUUACUAAGGAGUAAUAGAAGAAAAACUAGUUUCUUAAAAAAAUAGGUGUAAUUGCUAUCAUAAAUCUCUCGGAAGACACUACUGCAAAAAAAAAAAAAGAAAGUAUGGUAAAUACUGUGAAUAACCACAUGGAGGGCAGUAUUAAUUGGCUUACCACCGUGCUGAAAUCUUACUGGAAGGAGGAUUGAGUUGAAUUGAAGGGCAAACUGGAAUAGCAGACACUCUGAGAGGUGUAACGUAGGAGACAUUUGAAAUAAUGCCUAUGAUGUGCGGUCUUACUUCUGGCAGGUCUAGUUGGCAUUGUGUUUAUGUGAUUAUACACAGAUUUGAGAGAGCUGUUCCUAAAAUAAAACUAAUCUCUCUAAAUACAGACAGGGUAGCCAGAACUUCAGCUGUUGGCGUGCUGCCUUCUACAGAGUAAUUUUACUGAGAACAAAGUAACCCCUCGGUAGUUUUGGCUCCCAGUGAGCAAUAUUGAUCCCCUUCUCUCUCCCUCUCUGCUCCAUGAAUCCCAGCGGGCGGUGUGCAGGACACAAAACCCAGCCAGCGUUCCCUUUGCAUACCAAAAUAUGAGGCCAUGCCAAUUUCCCCAAUUUAACUGAAAAAUCCCUAGUCAAAGAUGCCACCUCUAUCCCCCCAGAAGCAGUAGUUUUGCCCUAAGGCAGCUCAGUGGGAUGGUUGCAACAUGACCCAUCAUGGCAAGUUCCCCUGAACUUUUACUUCUGUAAAAGAAGCCCUGGGGGCGGGAGGCAACGGGGGGGUUUGCCUGCAGCUUCAGGUUUUAGGUAAGAUGCUGUUUCCAAGUCCCAUCUCUUUACACACACAAAUUCUGGUGUAACGUAAAAUCCAUCUAAAAAGAGGUAUGCCCUGAAAGGGAGGCAGUCAUGCAAGUAUUUUUUUUUUCCCUGUUGCUCUUGCUGAAGUACAGCUGAUGGAAUGAAUGUAUUUAAUGUGCUGUUUCAAAGGAGGGUGUUGGGGCAGCCCAGCGCCAUCACCGUGUGAGGGGCUGUGUCUGCAGCACAUGGGCCUGCACGGACUCUCUGAGUUGCAAAAUGCAGGUGAGAAGCUACUCAUUUCUGUCCUCCCCCGGGUGGUUUGAUCAGAACCACAGAGAUGCCUAAAGCACAGCCCGUUUUGUUUUGAGCCAGGACAGGCCAGAGUGGUAUAAAAAGGGAAGUUUCUAUAAGCAGAUUGCACAGCAGUAACUCACGUCAGGAGGCUGUUCAUUAUAGACCCUGUGAACUCCCUGUCAGAGCAUAUUGUUUUUUCAAAUGCAGUCUUUUUUUUUUCUUUUUUUUUUAAUCCAGUGGAUUGCUGUCAAUAGUGAGUGUUCACAUGCUGCCUAAAGAAAUUAGCAAUGCGCAAUAAUAUUUCAGAUAAUAAUUUAAUUUAUCUGGUCCUGUUCAUAUUCAGUUUGUUCCUCUGUAGUUCUUACUAUUGCAAGAGAUCUGUUUUCAAGCACUGAUUGUUGUUUUGGUAGGGUGAGUAAAUAGUAUUAGCUCUUGGGCUUCUUUCCUGCCUGCACUGGAAAAUGUGAAGCGAGCCUGACGCGGCGUCUCCGUACGGCUGAGUUGCUGUAGAUGACAGUGGAAUGAAACCGUUGUUAACCAACUCCGGAGCACCCUCCCAGCAUGAACCUGGAUGCUGCUUCAUGAGAGAGAAUAAAUUGGAUAAAAGAAGUUUUUCUAUGAAGGGGAAAAAAAAAAAAACACAAACAUAAAUUGUAUGCAAUAUGUAGGAAAUUCUGUGCUAAAAAUACCGUGCUGGUCAAGACUGUUUGGAGCUCGGCAGGAGAGUCUGUAAAACCUGAAUUCCUGUGGGUUGCAGUUCGGUUCUACCUUCUGGCAGUUGGUCAGCGAUACAGGUGUCGUGGGCAUUUUGCUGCCCCAUCCAGGGGCUGCUGCUUCUGAAGAGUUCAAAAUGGGUUUGAUUGAUGGAAAAUGAUGUUAAUAAGCCAUACAGUUGGUCACAAAAUGGUUAAUUAAUAUAACUUUGAAUUGAUAUUAGGAGAAAUGUGAUGGAAGAAUGUAUGAAGUGAUACAGAAUGAAAAACUUUUGGUAAGAAAUGGUCACUGAAAGCUGUUGGAGGCAGAAGCGAGAACAUGGCAAUUGAAGUGUAUUGCGAAUAAAGCUGGUUCUCUGCCAGGGUUGCACAGCAAACACCUGUACGUUUCUAUGUUUAAUUGUUCACAAACGAGUUGUUACAAUUGGAAGAUGCAAGUCCCUGAUGGCUUAGCAUUUACUGCUCUUUGAAUGCAUUACACCAAGAGCCUCUGCCCAUUCACAAGGAGCAGUGUUUCCUCCCGUGCCCUUUGGGGAGUGCGCCUUCCGUACAGGUUCUCUCAUGUUUUAUGUAGGGUUCUAUCAAGCUUUCCAACAACAAUGUCUCUUCCAGGAGGGAUUUAUUGGUCUUUUUUUAAGUUGCUCUCAUCAGAUUUUGAAAAGCAAGAUUUCAAGUUACCAUGCUCACUGGAAAAGCAGAAGCUUCCUUCUCCCUCCUCCAUCCCCAGCAUCAAAAAUCAGCUGCGUCAUGUUAUUGCAGUAACAAUGCGAUGAUCACUGUGGUACUGCUCAUUAGUCACUUCUUUUGCAAACGAUGUAACUUUUUUUUUGUCUGACACUGCCAUAAAGUGCUGUUAACUUUUCUCACCUUGUUUGUACAAGAUAAUACAGAUACCGAUCACUGUGUGUGACAGGAUUCAACUGCUCCACUUUGCCUUGACAUAAAAUUCUGGGACCAAAGGUACUUAAAUCUGGGAUUUCCAAAACCUGAGACCGGGGUUGGGUGCAUUCUCUUGAUAGCCGGAGAUUUUGUGGUGAUCUGAUACAAUCACACAAAAUUAUUACACAUCUGGGGUACUGUAUUGUUUGGAAAUAAUGGAGCCAUACGAAAUAAAAGGUUAUUUUGCAAAAUUGCAUAUUUGAUAGUUUUUACACUUUUUUUUUUAAAAAAAGGAACAAUUGGAAGAGCGUAAUUGAAAGCGUACUCUGGUUUAAAUGUCUGCAUACAUGAUGAACACUUCUGAGCAGCUUUAUUUUUUCUAGAAAAACUGUAGACUACCUGGCUGUGAUACAAAUGAAGUCUUUAAAAGGAUUCUAUGCAUUUUAAAGUUAAACCUUUUAUUUUACCAUUGGAUAAUGAAACAAUUAUACAGUGAACAACUGUCCUAUUAAAGUGAGUGAGUUCCUUAAAAUUACUUUACAAUGGUGUUCAUUUUGUAUGAUAAAAAUUACUUUUCUUGAUACCAGUUAUUUUCACCUCCAAUUUUCUCCUUCUCUCCUGUGUUACCUGCAUUUUUGUUUUGUAUGAUAAAAUGGGUGCAGAAGCCUGUAGUGACUCUCAAUGAUUUUGCAAAGGGCUGGUCGUGUUUGGAGUUAUUUUACUGAAUUUAUUUCAUCGGAUUUUUUUUUUUGUCAAAUCUUUCCAGCAGCCAAGAUGUCUUUCAGAAAUGUAGACGGAUACCAGAAGCAGCAUUUCUCUGCAGAGAUUAUUAGGUGUCUUUUCCCAUUAUUUUUUUUUUGUGUGUGUGUGGCAAAAAUAAAGUUGAUUUUUUUUCAAGAUUA